AUGGCAUUGGACCUAUCAAAACGCAAACCAAUUCCUGCUCCUCGAACAAGAAAAGGAAAUGUAGUUGUUGAAUGCCCUGUAACUGCAGAUGAGGAGACUACAAAGACACUGACCCUCAAAUCAAAGUCCAAGCAACCACCUGUUGUUGCUAAGAAGCCGUCAGUUGGUAAACGAGUGACAGGGAGAGUCGUGAUUCCUGAUAGGCCAAGACCGGCUGUUCCAUUAAAACCGAUUAAAAAACCUGUGGUUAUUGUGAAACCAACAGUCGGUAUUCCUAGGAGGUAUAAUUCAAAAAAAAAACCAAUAUCACUGCCCGAAAAAAAGAAACCUGAAGUUCUCGUAAAGCAUGAAAACAGCGAGGACAGCACAAAUGCGAAAGUUGAUGAUGUUAUUGCUAAGACUGUUCCAGUGGUACCUGUGAAAAGAGUGCCUCCAGUACUGCCUCCAAAACUGAUCAAAUCACAGCAGAAAGACCAAAACACUAAACUGACUGAACCAGAGAAAUCCCCUAGACCUGGUAGUUCUAGCAGUGAGGCUGAUUGGGAAGAUGUAAUUAAGGACCAGAAAAAAGCCCAAUCAAUUGGGACAAAUGUAAUAGCGCAUGCAAGGAGACACAGCGAGAAACGAAAAGCAAAGUUAGCAGCAGGCAGAUUGAAAGAGUUUUCACAGAAAAAGAAACAGAACAAGUCUGCCAAUGUCACACCAGUCAGUGAGGCUGAUGAUGACGUCCAGUACCAAAAAGUUGUUGAAGAACACAAUAUUAACACAAGAAAACAAACAAAAGCUAAGGACGGUGUCACUAUUCAUGUCAAAACUACUACAACUACCACCACUAGGAAAACUGUCCGUAGAAAAACGGAGAUUAAAGCCAAAAAAGACGAUGAUAUUUAUGUUGAUAUGGAAACUGUCGAGGGGAUUGACAGUGAGGAUGAUUAUGAGAAAAUCGCUGCUUUUCUAAAUCAGACAAACACAGAAACAAAACCAAUAUCUAUGCAGAAAUUGACACUAGCAAGACAACAAAGGACCUAUGUUAACAUUGAACUACCUCCAAGACCUCCAAGACCUCCAAAACCAGAAAAUAAACCAAAACUUUCAAACAACGAUGAGUCUAAUGAUGGUUCCUCCAGGUAUUCUACUGAUUCUGACUGUAGUUACGUCGAACCAGAUGCCAUUGACGAACUUAAUGCAAGCAAGCAUACGACAGAUACAUUACAACCAAAGGAGGAGACAUCUUUACAUGUGCCUAAGAACCAGACAUGUGUAUACGAAGUGAACCCAGUAUUUACAAGGCCUUCACCCCCUAAAAUAGUACAUUCUUUUGAUCAACAACAAGAAAUCGGCAAUGAUGAUGUCUUUUUAAAUAUCAUGGAUAAUAACAUGUUAUCACCGCAAUGUCCUCCAAGAGGAAGCAGUCUCAGUUCUAGUUUGGGAUGGACAUCCGAUUCAUCAAGUGUCAACCAAUUUCCUGGUCAUGAUGAAAGCCCUACAAACCAGAAAAUAAGCCAGACUCUACCGCAGCGAGGACGAAACCAGUCACGGUACCUUAAUAUAGCUCCUAUGUUCCAGGUAUACCAAGAUGACAAACGCCAAAAAGCUACAAGGAAACUACAAGUAUCAACAAUGAAAGCGGUGCCUGAAGACGAUGACAGUGGCAGGCCUAUUAAGAAAUUUCAGAGGACAAUGUGGAAAGAGUUGUCCGAAGUGCGUAAAAGUGGAGUUUUGCAUGAAAUGAACGCCAAUGAAAUCAAGCAUCAGGAGUCCAUGUUUGAGGUGAUUUCUUCAGAAGCAUCUUAUCUACGCAGUCUGAACGUUUUUGUUGAUCAUUUUAUGGGAAGUGUUCCAAAUAUGCAAGAGUUCCAGCGACGAUUUAUAUUUUCAAACAUUAAAGAUAUCCGAGAUAUCAGUGAAAAGUUUUUGAUGGAGUUGGAAGCUAGACAAGAAGAAAGCAUAGUAAUGUCUGAUGUGUGUGAUAUCAUUGAAAAAUAUGCGAUAGAACUUCUGCAUUGCUAUGUGGUAUACUGCAGUAAUCACUCCCAGCAAUUAAGAACUAUUACAGAAUUAAGGACCAAGGACUCAGAUUUUUCUGAUCUAAUAACAUCCUUGGAGAAAGAUCCUGUCUGCGAAAAUCAGACCUUCUCAUCAUUUCUAACACUGCCUAUGCAGAGAAUCACAAGACUGCCAUUGCUUGUUCAGAAUAUUUUUCACCGAACGAAGGAGGGCACCGAGUGUUAUGACUCUGCCAAAUCAGCAUUCGUUGCUGCAACUAAAGUGGUGCGAGAAUGUAAUGAGGGUGCCAGAAAAAUAGAGCGUAUCUUUGAAAUGGUGGCUAUCGAAAAACAGCUGAAGAUGCAUAAGCAAUUAGCAUUGGUUUCAGCUUCCAGAUGGCUUGUUAAGAAAGGAGAGCUGACUGAAAUACGUUAUGAAAAGAAAUUCAUUUCCAGUGUCAAACCCAUACAAAAACCCAUCUAUUUAUUUCUAUUCACUGAUCUACUGUUGAUUGCAAGAAAAAAAGGGAAUGCUAACUUUGUUGUAGAAGACCAUUGUUUGCGUAAUAUGUUACAGGCCCGCGUUGUUCAGACAGCUGAAGAUUAUCCCAAGCUGAAAAAUGGUGUACCAAUGAAUUGCAAUAACUUGAUUCUCCUGGUGUUGUUAGAAAACUACAGAAAGAAAGAAAGAGAGAUUCUUUUAAACUGUGCUGAACAAAAUGAAAGCCAUCGUUGGAUGGAUGUAUUGUCUGAUGAAGUUGGUGAUGAUGAUGAUUAUGAAGAGGGAAGAGAAUAUGAAGAGUGGGACUGCCCUCAAGUUCAGUGCUUCACGCCACACACUGCCUUGGAAUCAGAUGAGAUCUCACUGGAAGUAUCUGAUGUCGUCAAUGUAUACAGAAAACUGCCAGAUGGUUGGUAUUACGGUGCACGGCUGCGUGACGGUGAAACUGGAUGGUUUCCCUCUGACAAUACAGAAGAAAUAUUAAACCAGCAUGUCAGAGCCAAAAACUUGAAACAGCGAUAUAAGUUACUCUGUGCCUCUGAGCUAUACAUGCAGACAAAGUCACAAUUAGAAAGUGAUAUAACUAAUCAGCAUUAA